GCCCGUUCCAGCAAAGCCUCGAACAUCUUGUCACUUAACAGCUUCAAUGUGGACAUUCCUAGAGAUGCACUAUCCUGUUGUCGAGUCAUGAAGACUACGCGGCGGUCGCAUACAAAGUCCCGCAACGGCUGCAUCCAGUGCAAACUGCGCCGUAUUAAAUGUGACGAAAAGUAUCCACAGUGCUCUCACUCUGCAAGCUCCAGCCAGACAUUAGAAUCACCAAUCACCUCGUCCAGCCAAUCUACGUCGUCUAUCCCCAGCAAAUUACUGGGCGAGCCACUGGCCCUGCCCAUAACUCCCUCUGGGCUUCAUGUUGGCGACCUUGAAUUGCUGCAUCAUUAUAGCACCAUCACCUAUAGGACGCUCCCAGCUGUCUGUGGUCCCGACCUUCAUGAUCUGUGGCAAUCUCAAGUAGUGCAGCUGGGUCUACGCCAUGAGUUUCUUUUGAGAGGCAUUCUCGCCGUAUCUGCUCUGCAUCUGGCUUAUCUUCAUCCUCAUCGUCGAGAAUCCCUCGCUCUGCGUGCCGAUGCACACCAUUCAACUGCACUAGAGAUAUUCCGAGAUGUAUUGAAUCAUGUUGAUCAAUCAAAUUGCGUUGCAAUAUUUGCUUUCUCAUGUUUUAUUGUCGUUCUGGCUUUUGCUACUCCCCGACGGACCGAGUCAAAUGAUUUUGAGAAAGAUAUAUUUGACUGGUUCCAUAUGAUUCGAGGAUGCAACUCCGUUCUACAGACACAAUGGGAAACCGUGUCUAGCAGUUUCCUGGCCCCUCUCGUACGAAAAGGCAUGGCACACGAAGCAGCCGGUCCUCAUCAGACAUCGGAUUUCGACCGAGUGACUGGUCUUCUCCAGCUUUGCGCGUCUGCACGUCUUGCGCAAGAUAGAGAAAAUACAAAUGCAUACGCACUAGCUAUACACGAGCUUCUGAAUACGUAUACGCAGGUGUCAAUUCGAAUGAGGCGAAAAGAAGACUUCAUUCCAACCAUUUUUGUAUGGCCUAUUUCUAUUCCACAACGAUAUCUGGAUAUGCUGCGCGACCGUCAGCCAGAAGCUAUGAUUAUUUUGGCUUAUUACUCGGCACUGCUCCAGCACAUUGAUAAUCAGUGGUACAUGUGCGGAUGGGCUCGAUUUCUAGUUGCUGAAAUUGACGCUGCCUUGAGUGAGGAAUGGCACGAAUGGCUAUUGUGGCCGAAAGAGGUCACUGGUUUUUCUGUUGCUUAA